UUAUUUACAUUACACGGAAGUUAUACAAUACAACCUCCACUCACUACAUACGCGAAUAAAUUAGUGGAAAGUAUAAACAGAUUCAAAUCUUCGUCUCUUGCAAAUCAAAUCAAUUCAAUUCAUCGUGUUCUCCUUUUAAUCGCAAAUCCAUUUCCAUUUCCUUCGAAAUGAUCCGAUUCAUUCUUUUGCAGAACAGGCAGGGCAAGACCCGUUUAGCCAAAUACUAUGUUCCUCUCGAAGAUUCCGAGAAACAUAAGGUCGAAUACGAGGUUCAUCGCCUCGUCGUCAAUAGAGACCCUAAAUAUACUAAUUUCGUUGAGUUUCGUACACACAAGGUCAUUUACAGGCGAUAUGCUGGAUUGUUUUUCUCACUUUGUGUUGACAUCACUGAUAAUGAGUUGGCAUAUUUAGAGUGUAUUCAUUUGUUUGUUGAAAUUUUGGAUCACUUCUUCAGCAAUGUCUGCGAACUCGAUUUGGUUUUUAACUUCCACAAGGUCUAUCUUAUACUUGAUGAAUUCAUUCUAGCGGGUGAACUGCAAGAAACUAGCAAGAAGGCUAUCAUUGAGAGAAUGGGGGAACUUGAAAAACUUGAGUGAAACAUUACGUUUCAGCAGGGUCACAAUGGUUUGGAGAUUAUGAUGAUUUACCUGUGCACUUGGUGUGAUUUUUGUAUUUUAAUUGUGAUACAGAAUUUUGAUUUUUUUUUUCCUUGAGCCAUGUAUUCUGUACACUACUAAGGCUUCUUAAUUGGCUUGUGUUAAUAUGUUGUAGACAUUCACAAAGUCAGGGUUUUUAGUAAAGUAACCCUUUUUCAUUGUCUAUGUGUUCUGUUAUAAAAAAAAUUGGGCUUCCUGAUAAGUUAGCAACA